AGUAAUCCUAUCGGAAGCGGAAGUACGUUAACGAAAGUGACACAACGCAAGACAACAAAUAUGGCGACCUGCUCGCUGGUGUGCUGCGAGGAGCAAAGUGACUCGGAUAAAGCAGUCAUAGUUCGCUUUUCCAAUGGCAACGUCCAAAAGGCAGACAAACUGGACUUUUUCAUGUACAGGAGCGCAGAUGAGGUCAACCCCAGGAAGAAACCCAGACGCAUGAUGGUGGCUGAAUCGGCCAGGAUGUCCUAUGUCGGGCAGAACUUUGGAGUGAGUUCCUUAAAAUGCAACCAUCUCUGCAAAUAUUAUGUCGGAGUGUUGAACAAGCAGACCAUGCAGAUGGAAGUGCACAGUGCACAGAUGUUCAACAUGCAGCCUGUUGUGCCAGGAGAAACAGCGACGGCGAAGCCAAACGACACAGUUUCGACCCACAAAGAAAAGGUGGACUCUCUGAUUGAGGCGUUUGGCACCAACAAACAAAAGAGAGCUCUGAGCUCUCGCAGGCUGAACCAGGUGGGCAGCGAGAUUCUGAACCAAGCGGUCGCUAAGGCUGCCAACAGCGUCAUCGAUGAGAAGGGUCUGGAAGCUUUGCAGCAGGAAGUGGCCCAGACCGAGUCCCUGGCAGAUUUUGCGCUCUACCUUCCUCCCUGUAACGCGGACGCAGACACGCCUGAGAACGUCUACCCGUUGGAUGAACUCCUAAGUCCAGUGGACUUCCAGGCUCUGGAGCAGGCCGGUUCUAAGAUGGCAGCGUUGAGCCCUGAAGAGGUGCAGACUAUGAAAGACAGCGGAGGGCUAGGGUCUGUGGUGAAGCACCUGGAGACGAUGCCCAGUGGCGGUGAAGCCCGUGACAAGAUGGCCUGCUGUGCCUUUUACCUUUCCAUGCUCAUCAAACUGUCACAGCAGAAGAACAUCACCCGCAAGUUCGGCGUGGAGGAAGGCUGCCCUCGCAUCGUGCAGACCAAAAUACUUCGGACUUUCACAGUGGAGACCUUCAACAAUGGAAGGGUCCAGAACAUGGUUUCUACAUCUAUGCGCGCCAAGUUAACAGCAUACUGCCUCGCUCUCCUGCUCCAUAUGGGUCACAUGACGGCCGACCUCACAUUACUGUAUCGCGACCUGCCGAUCAGCGAGGCCAGUGUGGUGGAAGUGGCCAGGUCCAUGGGGCUGACCCUGGAGAAGAUGCCCCGUGGGAGGAAGAGCGCGGCAAGCCUGCAGGACGAACACAAACACGCCUCCCUGGUCCUCCCCCUGGUCCGACACAAGCAGUUGCUGCAAAACCGCAAACGCAAGAAGAUGUCCUGAAGACCUGGUACAGAUGAGUAAAAAGGACCGCGAUGUGGUGAAGAAAUAAAAGGAUUGAAAUGAA